AUGAGAUCAAAACCACUUCCUGCUGAUGUUCUUCAAGAAAUUUUUGAUUAUUUCUCGGAUGAUAUGUUUACUCUACAUUCUUGUAUUCUUGUCAACCGUCUAUGGUCCGAAGUGGCGACACCUUUAUUUUGGAGAAAAACCAGUAAUCUCCUUUCAAUUCCUAAAAAAUAUAUAAUGGGUUCGAUUUUUCGUAAUUGGAUAUCUUGUCUUUCCGAAGAAUCAAAAAAUAUAUUAUCAGAUAAUGGUAUUAUAUUAACUUCUCCAAUCAAACGUCCUCCCAUGUUUGAUUAUCUCGGAUUUUGUCGAUCACUUUCCUAUUGGGAUAUAACAAAGGUUGUUGAUGAUGCGUAUAAUUUAGAAGUUGAAGAUUUAGUUUCCAUCAAUAGUGGUGGUCUCGAUAAUUCUAGAUGUUUAUACAACAAAUACUUAAUCAAGCAAGAACUUUUCAAGACAAUUGUUAAUCGUUGUUCUUCAAUUGAAUUUCUUGAUAUUAGUGAAUCUGUUCAUUUGGAUAUACCUUUACCUCAUUUAUCUGGUGCCGAAAUUUGGUUUUCAAAUUUACGUGAAUUACAUUGUGAUGUUUCAACUUCCAGUGGAUUUUAUUAUCGAUUAGCACAAAUUUGUCGAAAUAUUGAAAUUAUAAAUUGUUUUUAUGCUUCAAGGGAUAAUAAUGGUUUUGCAAUUUUAAUUGAAGUUCAAAAUAAUUUACAACAAUUGGGAUUUAAAAUUUCUCAUGGAAUUUUUAGUAAAGCUUGUCCAAAUAUUGAACGUGCAUUAUUAUCACACGCUGAUACAUUAACUCAUUUAAGUUUAAAAGGGGAGAGUAUGAGUAUUCCAUUAACUGUAAUUUCUGCAUUUAAUAAAUUACAUACUCUUGAAUUACAUUUUACGGAUAAUAUUAAUCAAGAAAUAUUAGAAAGAUUAGAAUCCAAAUCAUUUCCAACUUUAAGAGUUCUUAAAAUGGGAGGUAUUCUUGCGCCAUUAGAAAUGAUAUUAAGACUUAUUCGAAGAACUGGAGGAAAUCUUAAAAUAAUUUCCUUAUAUGGAUUUGUUCUUCCAAAAGAGGAAGUUGCAAGAAUUUUCAAUAAUGAAAUUAUUCCAAGAUAUUGUAAUAAACUUGAAUAUGUUACAGUUUGGUGUACAGAAAAACAUUUCAAAGAUAUAGAAAGAAUUUUAACAUCAUGUCAUCAAUUAAAAGGAAUUUCAAUGAGAACUCUUCCUACCGAUAAAAAAAAAUUAAAUGGAGAUCCAUUAUUUCAAUUGUUAUCAAGGGAAGCACCAAAAAGUUUAACUAAAUUACGAAUAAGGGGUAAAUGGGAUAUAACUCCUCAAGCUUUGGAUACAUUUUUAUCAAUAAGAAAAAUUGAAGGAAAAAAAUUAUUUUCAAUUCAUAUCUGUUUAGAUGAAGGAGAUAUAGAAAUUACUUCAAUGCAUAAUGAAGUUAUAAAAAAAUAUCAAAAAUGUGGAAUUUUAAAAUAUGAAGUCGAAGGAAAAUUUACUGGAGAAUUUAAUUAA